AUGGAAGCCAAAACGCCGUCCGACCAAGAAGUCAUCGACGCGCCCAGCUGGCGCAUCUCAGAAGCCCGACUCAAGAAACUGGCCCCGAGCGUCAACAAGAUGAACGAGUCGACGAAGCUGGGCAUCCCGGACGACGCACGGGCAGCCCAGUCCCGCUACAAGAAGGACGGCACGCGCACCUUCCGCAUCUACGGCCGCGGCGAGCACAACUACGGCGUCUCCCUCAACGCAGACAUGGCAAUUUUGUUCAACAUCAUGUACGCCAGGUUACUGAAGGUCGGCGUCCCCCAGACUACCGAAGAUAAGAACCGACUCGCCUCGACGCGGGCGCUGCAGAUCAUCUGGGACUAUUACGUCGCCGCGGCAGCCGCAGCGGGCGUGGCCAGGCAGGAAGUCGGGGCGCAGCUCGAGGCCGAGUUCGGCGUCCCCUGGCGAUACAUGCCCACGCCGCCGGGACCCGAGCGCACCUGGCCCGAGGCCGAGGCGGUAAAGGCCGCGUACAAGACAAAGAGCCUGAAGAUGACGCGGACGAUGAGGCAGCAGAUUGCGGAGGCGAGGGCGCUUAUCCCGGUCGAUGGGAACGGGGACGUCGUGUGGGACGAGGCGAAGAACGACCAGUACGCCAUGCUGGUCGUGAGGAUCGACAAGGGAGACGGACUGAGGGAGUUCGGCGAGGUGUAG